AUGGGAGAUAAUUUUUCAAAAGAUUUUUUUGAUCAAAAGUAUAGUGAAGAUAACUCGAUAAUGGAUAUCAAAAGAAAGUUUUCAGAGGCUAAGAAAUUGAUUUAUGAAAAGAAAAAUCCGAGCUACUCUCCAGAAAAGAAUGUGAGUUUUGCUUUACAAAAAGAUGAUUCUCAAAAUCACAGUUUCAUGAAGAACACUAAAAAAUAUGAUCCUAUUAAGAAUAAUAAUAAGAGUGAAAAAUAUAUUAACAGCAAGUACUAUGAAGAUCAACUACGAAAGGAACUGCGUGAAUCAAGGAAUGAAAAUAUACAUCCUCUACCAUAUUCUUCAUCGAACGAUGCCAAUAACAUAAGAAACGAAUCAAGUGAAUUAAUCAUUUUAAAACAACAGAUACGUACACAGAAUAAUUCAAUUCAAGAAUUAAGAUCAAUGAUUAAUAAUCUAUUACAAGAUCGCAAUGAUCAACACUAUAUCACUGGACAAUUAGAAUCUAGAAUAAAAGAUAUGAAUGCACAGAUACAAAAUCUAGAAUGGGAACUUUCUGAGUCUAAGAGAAUGAUAAUCAGCCAAAGUCGAAUCCCAUCACUUAAUACAGAAAAUAACAAAUACUCACGGUUUCCAAGCAGGAAUGAGGAUUUCAAUGGAAGAAGUAAGAAAGCAAGUUAUUUAGAUUCUCCUGAAUCAAUUACCAAUCGUAGAUAUUUCUCUGGUAACAGAACAGCAUCUAUGGAUUCAAGCACUUACAAUGGAUAUUACCCAACCCCUUCAGACAGUACAACUCAAAUAAUAAGGAUGACUGAUCCAAAUAGAUAG